AAUCGACCUUCGGGAAGAAUAAUCUCGCAUCUCAUCGUCCUCUUUCUUCGUUAAAAUAACUGACGUUUAUUUCCCAAGACUGAGGUAUGAGUCCUGGAUAUAAGGAUUUCUACCGAUCAGUUAGGCUCCUUAAUUCGUAAUUCUUUUGGACAAAGUUUCCGAAGGUGAAACAUCGAACAGGAAACACAAAGAUGCCCGCCUGCUCGAGCGAGAGCUCGUCUAGAUUAUGGUCUUCCAGCCCGCCGAUGUCGCGUAGCAGCAGCGCGUCGCCGCCGCUACCCGGCACACCAUUAUCCACAUCGCCACCCCGAAUGUCGCCUGUCUCUAUGUUGAAGCGUACGUCGUCAAAUGUGAUUGUGUCGACGUCCCAUGCACCGAACAGCCUUUCCCGGGCGUCGUCACUCUCGAGUAUAUCGACGGCGAUACUCUCUCAGAGACGACAGCAACAACGACAGCAGCAACAACAUCACCAUCAGCAGGGUACGCUAGCGGCAGAUAAUCGGCACGUCGAAAGGAGCAACGAUUCCAUUCUCUCGAGGAUCUUGUCUUGGUAUUUCGGACUUCUGUCGAGUCUAUUUCGAAGUGUCUUCAAUAUCAUUGGCUACGCGAUCUGGGCUCCUGCUCUCUGGGCAUCCGCUUGGAUUUGCCUGUUCUGGGUGAUUCUGCAACUACCACUGACCGCUCUUAAAUGGUUCAUCACGGUAUUGCACACCCCGGCGUAUGAGAGAUCGCGUAACAAGCGGUGUGUGCUGAUCAGCGGCGGUAGCACAGUGCAGGCGGUGCAUCUUGCACGCAACUUCUACAAGGCGGGCGCCCGGGUGAUAGUGUGUGACCUCGAGGGCCUGUUCGGCUUGGCCAGAUUCUCCACCGCCUGCUCCAAGUACUACACGAUACCGCGACCCGGGCCCAGGAACAUUGUCGAGUAUAUAAAGGCGUUACGGGAUAUCGUCCAGCGCGAACGAGUGGCCUACUACAUACCGGUGAGUGCCUCCAGUACCGCAUACUACGAUGCCUUAGCGAAACCGCAUCUGGAGAUCAUGGGCUGCGAGUGUUUCGUACCCGAUGCCAGCGAAGUGACCGCGUUGGACGAUCCGUUGGAGCUACUACGACGCUGUCGCAUGCUCGGUCUUACGAUCCCACAACACUUUCUGUUGCGAUCAAUGCAGGACUUAUCCACGCUUUAUGAGCGAAACACGUUCCGCAACGGCAGGUACAUGAUGCUAGCCGCCGGUCCCGCAGGGAUGCGUGAUCGCGCCAAGAUCUUGCUACCACCCACUUUCAGGGAGUUUCGAAAUCAACACGAGAUCAGCGAGAGGCGACCGUGGGUGGUAAUCCGCGACCCCGGUGGAGAUCACUUCAUCACGUGCACCACGUUGAAAGAGUCACGGAUAGUGACGAACGUGACCUGCCGAGUGGACGAAGACCGGGGCCUCAUACCAGAAGAACGUCCCGAGAUUAUAAGAUGGCUCGAACAGUUCUUCGCCCGUCCCUUCGGCGGCAGGAUCAACGGUCACAUGAGCUUCCGAUUAGCAGUGUCGGAGGAGACGGGUGAGCUGGUGUCCAUCGGCUGCCGGGUUGGCGUGAGCCUGCCCUACAUCUGUCACACGGGGAUACAUCCGCGUCUGGUGUGGAAACCCUGCCGACACUUCUCCAGGCAGAAUUCAGCGUUACUAAGUACGUCGACCCGACAACUGCUAUCCGAUACCGUGGUGAGUGCCCUCAAACAAUCGACCAGCGAGACCGCGCCCCAUCUACUCGGCACAGUGCUGGACAAGAGAGAAUCCCUUUUCGUGUAUUGGGACCCGUUGCCCUACUGCGCCUACUAUCACCUGCAAUUGCCGUUCAGGCGCGUCGCAGAGGUCAUCAGGACGCAGCAUAACCCACCCUUGGCGGUAGUGCAAUAGGAUUAAUCCUUAAAGCGGGAGCUUAUCUCUUGUCCUGACAAUGAGAUCGCUUCUGUUUCGCCUACUAUCCUAUGUAGCUUACCCUUCAAACAUCGCGAGGAUCAUGAAGAAUUCACAAUUCAUCCUUAACUCGUGAUGCAACUGCAAGAGUUACAAGUGUAGCUAGUAUCUGAAUCUCAUCGUUGAUCGCGUCUCCGAGAAGAAAUAAAAUGUGCCAAAGAGGAGAUCCGCGAACGAAUCCCAGAGAUCGUACCUAUUUCUAUUUCGUGAGUAAUUGUGUGUGGAGUGUGAUAUUAUUUAUUGGAGAACAAUGUAUCUGCGCGCGAUAUCUAUUUCACACGCGGCUGAUCGGCGAAAUCUCGUCGGCAAUGAGCUACGUAAAUUCUCUUGUUACAUUACCUUGCUUCGCGUCGUAAUAUAUUAAUGAAUAUGAGAUUAGCAAUACGAUAUUCCACGCAUGGAAUGUGAAAGAGAGCGUGUAUAUGUAUGCGUGUAUGUAAUUUCUCAUCUCAUCUGCUUAUCAAUUAAUGAUUAUAACGUAUAAAUAUAUAUAUGUAGCAGUACUAUUUUUGCUGAAGAGAAGAGGAAAGAGACACGUGUAGCUGCGUGUCAAUUCGAGAAUUAGAAAAUAAGGAUUUGUCCACGCAGAACACAAGUCAUUACGACAUUCAAAACAGCUCCGAUUAUUAAGAAUCACUUUUCAAUCGGUAACGAUUAAUUUUAACGUCAUUUUGACGUUAUCGUAACUUGUUGUUCUGCUUGGAUGGCAAAGGCGCGUUCUCCCCUGACUCGUGUCUAUAAGAGGGAGUGAAUGGAGGACCGUACCGUUUGCGAGAUUAUCGCACUACCAGCAAUCGCCGGUUUGUUCACGGAUUUUAACGAAAGUGAGCGAGUUAAAAAUAGGUGCAAAGGUCAAGUUCGGCUCGUAAUCGGUAUGAAAAAGAAAAACGCGAAAAAAAAAAAAAAAGAAGACAUGCAGCGAUGCGUUGCCACUCGAGCCUCUGCCAUUUGCUCUCGAUUGCGGGAACGUAUGGGAGAGGAGCGCGAUCGGAGAUCGCUGAUGAAAAAACACAUGCAAGUUAUCAAUACUGAUUGUACUAAACGGGAGACUUUUGCGUUGUGCGUGAUUAAUAUGCUCCUAUCUUUCCCUGCAGACUGGCACAGCGACGAUCCGUAACAAUAACGCGAGAAGAGGGAAAAAGAAGCCAAUUAAAUCUAAUCUUAUACCUUCCUCGCUAUAUUUUACCGUAAUCGCCUGAAAGGCUUCUCCUCGAUUCAAUUUUCUCGAAUCACUGCUAAUCGCUUUUCUUAGAUGCUAGGAGGUCACACUGCAACGCGAAGAGAUUUCAUAUUUAAAAAUGCUGAUUUAUCAUCCGUGCAAUGUGUGAACUAACGAUAUUUUAGAGAGAAGAUUAAUCUUUAAUUUUCCAUUAUUAUUAAAUUAAGAUCGAUCGCAAAUUGUGCAUGAAUGUGUAAUAGCGAAAGAUGUUCGUACAAUCGCUGAUAGGAUUAUUUAUGAAGUAUCGUAUACUCAGAUCAAUAGGCACCGGCGAUAUCAAUGUUGUCUUUGCUUGCCGAGCAAGAAUACUCGCUUACAAAUAUACGAUUGCUUGGUACAUGUUUUGUAAAUAUCAGCGCAUAAUCGAUGGAAGUGGCUUAACCCUUCCGAUAUCAUUUUUCUCUUUUAUAUGAAAAAAAAAAAC